AUGGCCAUGCCAGUUCGUGAGAGCAAUGCUACGAUCCGACGCCAGAGGAGUAAACCUCAUCUAUCCAAUCAUCCACUCCACUUCACGCUCUCUACUCCAGGGCUCAUAUUACAACCAGAAGCCCCUCAGUGGUCACCAUGGGCUUCAGACGUAAGUCUUACCCCCGCAAGCAUCAUGUCCGAGGACAGCGUGCUAUCCAAGGAUAACCAAAUAAUAUGGAACUCGAUGAUCGGGACAGAUACGCCAGCAACGUCUAUAGAAAGUCCAGCACCUAGUCGCCUCAACGUCAGUAUACCAGAGGCCCUUACCCCAAUCAUAGAAGCCACCCCUGCCUCCGUGCCAGCAGUUGCCGUCGCACGACAGGAUUUGGACAUUGACUCGCUCCUACUUGCGCUCGCACCUGGGACUAUUCCGUUAGGUGGUAGACAGCGCGAUAAGAUUCAACACGCAUACUGUAUCUGUAUCUCGUCCCAGUGGUUACGGAAUCAUGAACACGAACCGCGCGAUGGGUGCGGUAGAUCGAUAUUCUUGCUCUUCCUUGCACCAACUGGAGCAGGCAAGAUCGUGCUUUGGCCCAUAUCAGGAGUCAUUUCGAACAUCGUCCAUUCGCUUGCCUUGGAGAGUGCGGAGAUGUCAAUUGCCUCGAACGAUUUUACAGUGCAGCCUACCUUCGAAGUCACCUCCAACGACCAAAGGUCGCCUGCGAGCUAUGUGGCACCUUCGUGGUCAAGACUGCUCUUCGGCGGCAUACAGCAGGUUGUCGACGAAAUCUAG